AUGUAAAAUCAAAUCGUUCAUGAAAGUAUUUCAGAAAUGAAGAAAUACGCAAAAGCGUUACAAGGAAACAAAAAUUAUGUUGCUAAAAAGACUGCAGAUGACCCAGAUUACUUUAGAAAACUUGCUCAAGGAUAAAAUCCAAAAUAUUUAUUGAUUGGUUGUUCAGAUUCCAGAGCUCCACCUAAUGAAAUUACAGAAACUGAUCCUGGAGAAAUUUUUAUUCAUCGUAAUAUUGCUAAUGUAGUUGUUCCAACAGAUUUAAACGUAUUUAUUUUUAAGAAUUCAUUUAGAUAAAUUGUGUAAUCCAAUAUGCCAUUGAACAUUUAAAAGUUCAUAAUAUUGUAAUUAUGGGACAUACCUUUUGUGGAGGUGUUAAAGCUGCUAUGAAAUAAGAUUCUGUUGGAGGAUUAUUAGAUUUAUGGUUGAAUAACCUGAAAUUGGUUUAUGAAAAACAUUAGGAUCUGAUCAAUUAAUUAGAGGAUGAAGAUGAUAGAGUUGCUUGUCUAUCUCAUAUGAAUGUGAGAGAAUAAGUACUCAAUGUGUGGAAAAACCCUAUUGUCUAAAAAUCCUGGCAAGAUGGACAUCGUAUCAAUAUUUAAAUUAUCAUUUUUUUAGCUGUUAUGGUUCAUGGAUGGUUAUUUAGAGUAGAAACAGGCUUUAUUGAAGAAUUAGAAAUUGAAGAAACCAUCCCAAAUAAUCUAUCGAAGGUCUUUUAAUUGAAAUUCAAAAAUGUUUAACCACCAAAAGCUAAAUAAUAAAUAGAAGAAAAUGAAGACGACAGAUCUAAAUCUCCUUCAAUAAGAAAGAGAUAUCAAAGGAUGCAAAGUAGAUUAGAAACUGAAAUAAAAAAAUUGGCAAUUACACUUUAAGAUGCUAAUUAAGAUGUUGAAAAGGAUGUAGUUGACUAAGUUUCAGAAGUAUUAUAAAAGGAUCUUGAUUUCAAGACUGAAGAUCACUGAGUU